UCUUCGAAAAGCAUCCUUCCGUUUCGAAAAUCCUCGUGCACGUGUGUGCGUGAAAGCCUUCGGUGACUUUUGCAAGUCCUGUCAGUGCUUACGUAACGUUGUUGACAUCGCGCGCGCUUCCAGCGAAAGCAGCUGAGCAGGAUACAGCGGAUGAUGCACGUAAUGAGGUCGCAAGGAGUAUUCCAUUCAUGAUCAGAGAGAACUCCCCUUCUGCUGCACUCCCCUUUUUAACCAACAGUACCAGAACUGUUUGCCAGAGCCCGCUUUUGGGUGAGUAUAUCCCUGCUCUCCGAGUGUAUUUCUAUAUGCGCACACUGAUUGAAACAAAAAUUCGUUCCCAAAGACCGGCCCCGUGAGAGAGAAUAAUUUCGUCCUUUUGAUGCCGAUAGGCCUUCUCUUUGGUAGGUGUACAAGUGGGACAAACUCGUGCACAGUGCGUUGGCACACGAAAGUACAACAGAGAAAGCCUUCUAUAUCCGCCCGUCUGCCCGUCAGUAUACCCACAUCCAGACGGCUCGCAGAAAAAAGGAUAUCAGGAAGGAACACACAAAAAAAAAUACGUGGAACAAAAUUCUGCAGUAGUGCUUUUCUUUCUGUCGUAAACGGAGCGGCCGUGCGUUAUAUCGCGACGUUCGAACGUCGGGAAUGUGGACGGAAUGUAGAUUUCUUUAACUGGGGUUCGCAGGUUCGUGGCCUGCAAAAAGUAACCCAUCAUAAAUCCAGCAAACGGCACCAGACAUCGUGAAACGGUUGUGAGGACAGUCGUAAUCAAAAAGGAUAUUCCAUUGCCAUUAGAAAGGGCACAAAGUGAACCUGCAAAAGUAUACCAGGAAGCGCCAGGCGGAUAAGGAUAAGGCGAGUGGCGGAAGUGAAUGAAACGGUGAAGAACUUCAUCACACAUCUUGAACCAUCGUUCAUCGACCGAUAAGUGUCAUAUUAGCAAUUUGCUAAUGCAGUCAAAGUUCUACGCAAGGAAUAGCACCACCACUAUCAGUGAACGAUGGCUUCGCAGAAUGGGCGCGAAUCGAAGGAUGGUCUCACACAAGCAGGAGGAGCAAGUGGUCCCUCCACGAAUGGUCCGCUGCAACAUGCGCAGCACCAGCAGCAGCAGCAGGAGCAUUCAUGUGAAAUCUGUGGCAUGUCAGGCCUGUCGGAUGAUGCGAUGCGUGACCAUACACGACAAUACCACGUGGAGGGAAGUGCACAGUGUCCCUUCUGUGGGUUGUCCGGUGUGCCGGCAGCCGAGCUACUGCUCCAUGUGAACCAAGCUCACCUGGACUACCUGACGCCCGAGAACGAACUGAUGAGCUUCAUUGACGAUCAAACACCAAGUGUCGACGGUGAUUCGGAUUCCAUCUCCGACUGUCGUGGUUUAUCGCCUUCGAUUACAUCCGAGCUACUGACACCGAUGUCGUCUAAUGGAAUGAAAGCGGGUUUCAAUGGGAUUAGUACCACUACCAACAACACAACCAUAACCAGCAGCAGUAGCAAUAGUGGCAACGGUAUGAUGUUGACCAGUGGCAGUGGAAGUUUCACAACCGUUUCGUCCAAUGCUGGUAGUUACAGCAAUCAUCAACAUGCUUCUUCCCAUCAACCGAGUGCGACGCAAACGCAUCAAAACGGUGCAAAUGGUGCACCGCUGACAGGGAAGAUGGUCGGAAGCUCUUCAACCGCUGCUAGCAGCAGCAUGAGUAGCAGCCGAUCCAGUUUGGGAAGUAGUAGUACUAAUCUGAGCAAUGGAUUACCGAACGGUACCACGUCGGCGGCGGCACACAGUACGAAUGGUAAAUCUACCAGCCAGCAUUAUCACUUCCCCGACGUUACGAUGGCAUCGGGUAGUAAUGGUAGCAUUGCUGGUGAAACGCAUACCAAUGGUACGGGAAGUGGUGGAAGUGGCCCGGUAAUGAACGGGGGUGGUGCCGGAUGUACAACACCCGCUGGUGCCGGUGCUGGUGGGCAAGGUUCACCGUUAAGAUCACAGCUAGGAUUGAAACUGAAGUCCCACAAACCCACAUCGUUUAGUAUCGCAACAACGGGCUCGGAGGUGGCGAAUGGACCCGUCGUUACAGGAGCGGGUGCCAUUUGUCCAGCCACUAUGACGAUUACAACGACAGUGGCCACCACGAUCACAACGAAACAAGCGAGUCCUCUUCAGUGUUUGCUGUGCCCGUACACCUCUGACAAUCCAACAGUGUUAGAGGAACACAUAAACCGUUCACACUUUGAUCCGCUUAGCCCGGGUGUGAAUGGGGCGGGUGGUGGUGCUGGUCCGGGCGGUGGUGGAGCAGCAGGUGGAAGUGGGCAACACGUGGAUACACUAAGCGUGCUACAGUGUCCCAUCUGCAACCGAACCUUUGAGUCUGGUUCGGAUCUGGAAUUGCACGUAAACAUCGAGCACAGGGAUAUACUUAGCCCCGCGAAGGCCGACAGUGGUCGGGCUACGAACGGAACACCGUCCGGUGCUGCGGCACACAAUGGUAGCUAUGGCGGAAGUACCAGUAGCCUCUGCCCCGUGUGUGGAAUUUCAUUCGAUCACAUGAAAACGCAGGACAUGGAGUACCACAUCGAGAAGCACUUUUCCAAAAGCCCGCAGAAUCCGUACCAGGGUGGUGCCGUUGGGGGUGGUGGUAACAAUCCUUCAGCAGUGGCGGUGGACUUGGAGAAACAGGCGCAAAAAUUACGCGAACAGCGUGAGUUCGAAAUGUUACGCGCACAGUACGGUAUGGAUGAUCAGGGCAAUUUCCGGGAGCAAUCGGCAGCCGCAAUGCAGCGGGCAGUGUAUGCGGGUGAGAUGAGCGUGGCGGAUUACUACGAGCGACAGGUUGGGUUGCGGGCGGCUGAAUCACAUGGCGUAGAUGAUGGUUCGUCCUGCACGAAAUCGGUAUCACCGCGUGUACUGUCGCUGUCAUCAUCCUCACCGAAUGUGAUCAAAACGUACGUCUGCUCGAGCGUUGAUCACUAUGCAUCGAGCUAUGGCGACAAGGGCUGGGGUUGUGGCUAUCGAAACUUGCAGAUGAUGCUCUCGUCCUUGCUGCAGAACACCUCGUACAACGAAGCUCUGUAUUCUGCCUGGGGAUCGCAUGGGCCGGCACGAACGGCUAUGCCCAGCAUUUCCCGGUUGCAACGUAUGGUAGAAGCAGCCUGGGCGCAAGGUUUCGACAUUCAAGGUUCGGAACAACUUGGUUGUAAGCUUUAUAACACGCGCAAAUGGAUUGGUGCAACCGAAAUCGUGACUGUACUGUCCUGGUUGCGCAUCCGGUGUGAAUUGGUCGAUUUUCACCGGCCCACCUCAGUUGAUGGACGCCAUCCGGAGCUGUUUAACUGGGUGCUGCGCUACUUCGAGGAACCGCGCAUACAUACUCCACCAUUGUACCUGCAACACCAAGGUCACUCGCGCACAAUAAUAGGAAUCGAACAGCGUACCUCUGGUUUGUCAUUGCUAGUGCUCGAUCCAAGCCACGGUCCUCGGCAAGUUGCAGCGCUCGGUUCAUCACAGGAUUCAUUGCGCUUGAUACGCAAAAACUCUGCCGCGAUGCGUGCUCCACAGUACCAGGUCGUAGCAGUAAAAGGACUGAUCGAUACCGAGGAUCAGUAUCAGGCUAGCAAAGUGUUGAAAUCAUUACGCAUUCCCCCUGACCGUUGACAAGCUCCGGCGUGCUUCCGGUCAGUUCGUCCUAGAGCAACAGCAGCACAACGUUUUAACUCCAAGCACUACUGCUACAAUAAUGUCUACCUUAAAAAGGGUCUGCACGCGCAGCAAAAAGAAGUGAUCGAAAUCUGUUUUAGUUUUGAUAAUAUCCUAAACGUAAGCUUAUUCGUUUAAAUGCGAUUGCAAGGGAAAAAUGUGCACCGUAAACUAAUAUGCACGGCGACAGCAAAGCUAACAGGAAUGCAUUAAUGAUAAGAAUACAGUAGAAAAUGUGCACGUUUAAAAAGAAACAGUACUAUCGUUGGGGCAAUUUUCGAGAGUUCUUCUUGUGUUACAUUGUUUUUGGGUAACAAAAAAAAAAACGAACGAAAAAUGAGUGUACAGGGAAUCAUGGUAAUUUUCUUUAGGAAGCCUUUCACGCCACGAAAAAAUUAAAACAAAGCUGUUAUGAACAAUUUUGUAGGAUCCUAUCUUUUGUUAAGAAAUAAUUUUAAAGUAUUUCAAUAAGUAGAAUAAUGGAUUUGUCUCUCUUCAUUUUUUGUAGCUAUUCGACGUUUGUUGAGUUUGGCCUGCCAUGCCUAAUGGCUGACUAUCUUGUAUAUUUGAUUAAAGUUUAGCCGAAUGCUCUGUUUUGCGUUUGAAGUACACAGUACAGUUGAGAUUUGAACCCACUUCGGUGUGAGCUACGUUUAGGAUCAACUACUAUUCUAUUUCACUGAUCUGUUAAGAUCAUUCGGUGAUCAGUUCGAUCUAAAUAAUUGUUGUAAGCUCUGAUUCUAUUAUUAUUGGAUUGUGUAAACUUUCCAGCAAGUGUAAGUUGGCAAGAAAAGAAUUGCGUAAGUUGCUCAAGGUAACAGAUACAAAAGUUAAUUUAAAAAAAAACUUGGUUGCUCUCCUUCUCCUUCUCUCUCAGCACAACCAUCCCAUCUAUAGCGUUUGGUUAAAUGGUCCUGCAAAAUAAUUAUCGGUAAAAUCGGGUUCAGAUACGAUGUGAUGUUAUUAUGCCAUUCGGACACACUUUGGAACGUAUGCAAAACACAUUUCUAGCCAACACCGAAUGUACACUGUAAUAGGCUAGACUAUGCGCUAACUCGUGAGGAAUUCAAACGAACAAACGAACAAAAAAAAAACUAAAGGUAGCACACACAUGACAAUCCUUUUCCUCCCUGAAACAACUACCGCAUACGAAUUGUAUAGAGAUGCAUAAACGAAAAGCAAACUAUUCAACGUACGCGGCCACAGCAUGAGAAUGAAACAAAAAAGAAAAAAGAAACAACACAACACGUACUAACAACACCUGCAGCAGGAACAAGAGUGAUCCUAGAAAACUUUCAAUUAAAGGAUUGUGAUAUAGACAAAUAUCCACGUGUAACGAGCCGCACCAAAAUGAUGCUGAACCGGCUAAUAGCCCAUUCGCGCGGGGAUAUAAAAUACACUUAUAAAACUAACAAAUGCCGUUUGCACCUAACAAUUGGUUCAAGAAUAUUGGAUAAGCAUUAUGCACGCGAUGGUGAAAUUGCAGAAGAAAACACUACGGUACAAACAUAAUACAAUUCGCAAGAAAGCAAACAAACCUAAAAAAAAACGUUCAACGCCUGUACGUUAUGUACCUUUUUGCCGGGAGGAGUGCUAAAAUUUAAAACUAGUCGAAGAAAAAACGAAGGGCCCAUGGUCGAUUGUCGAUACAGAGGAAGAUGGUUGUAAGAGUUUUCUUAUUCUGAUACAACCGAUUACGUGCACUACAUCCGCAGGCUCAUCGUUUUACAUUGGAUUGCAAUAGUCUUCUACGACAUUAUGUACGAUAUUCCACUUUCGUUUAUGAUACUUGUCGCCAUUUCUUACCAGCAGCUCCAUGCAUAAAUGCAACCUACUCAAACCUAACAAGCAAUACCAAAAACCAUAUUUAGUGACGAUGCAGUGAAUAUCUUAAUAGCUUUAACAUAACGUUUAGUGUGAUCUCUUUUAAGCGUACACAUUUGCUCAGGAGGUAGGGUAACAGAGUUAAUUUGCGGCAGCACUAGGGUGCGUCGUAAGUAAUAUAAUUUUAGACAUUUAAUUUUUUGCUAACAAUUCACACAAUCAUUGCCGUUGUUCUUUUUUGCAGUAAUGAACGUAUGGCAAAGGCGCUUAUACCAAUAAGGGCAUGAUCGAAUGCAAUAGAUGUUGAUCGUGAUUAUUUUUAUACAGCUUUCGGUAGCAUUGUUUUCCUUCAAGAUAAAACUAUCUGCUCUGAUGGUCACAGCAGACAAUGCGAGGAAUUUCAUCCAGUUAACAAUGGUCUCAAGACCAAACCGAAGUGAUUACCGCUUGUACUGUACCUCAUGCAAUGAGGUAUUGAGUGUAAAGCUAUAAAUUGCAGCUAGAAUAUAGAGUAAUGGCAUCGAUUAUUUGCAUAUUACGCGUAGCGGAAGAGGUCAUAGCCUUUUUUUUUAAAUAAUUCCCUCUACUUGCAACAAUCACAGCUUAUCACCGUCCAUGCGCGCCACAUUGUCAUGAAAUAUAUGAGUGUACAUGCUAUUUUGCUGACUGUUUUAAAGAACAUAUGAACAUAAGAAAAACACAAACUCAACGUAACCAUACCAUAAUCAAGGAAUUGAUGGAUAUGCCGCUCCCAUACCGGAACGCCCGUAAAAGUGCUGAGAAUCAAAAGUAGAAUGAAUGGAAAGGUGUUGUAACAUAAUUGCGGCAAGCAAUGCAAAUUAUUUAAAGAAAAACAGUUUUAAUACUCACUCUCUUAGUUCCUACGCCCAGAAUUGCGUUACUUGCCAACUAGCGAAGCGUAACCCGCAGCACUAAACCCUUUCGAAUGCCAGUACUAGCGCGCAAGUUUAAGUGAUAUAUUAAACCGCUAGCGAAAAGCGACAUUGAAACACCAAAGGACGCAACAGAUAAUCGCACCGAACGAAAGCGAACGUAGUUGAAGUUGAGUACUGAGUAUAUAUAAAACAAAUUAAGCGUUAAGGUAACACAACAAAAAAAAAUACUGCAAGUACCUCAACUUGGACCGUCUCACACGUGCGGUAUGCUUUCCAUAGGCGAAGACGAAGCACAUUCGGAUGUAUGUAGCGCUGUAAGCAAGGUAUCUUAAAAUCACAAAUCUUCGGCAGACACGGCGGAAUUGCUGAGCAUCCUUUUUAUGUGCGACGAAAUGGGUUAUUUUUUUACCGAUUCAAUUGCUUUUCCGCUGCAGAACAUAUAAUGGAUAUGAGUUUUAUUUCCAAUUAUUGUGCUACCAAUUGUUUGCAAAGUAUCCAACGCACGGAAGGCUCUUUGGUGUGUUGUAUUGAAGCAGCUUAAAAUGAUCCUUUUGCUCCAUGCUGCAUGCUCUGCUGGCGAUCAUGGAGACAUUUUUGUGUAACUGCUUUUUCAAUAGAAUGUGCUAUAACUUUUGUGAAAUUUUAUUAACAAUGUUGAACACCGAAAAUAGAACGAGAAAUAGUAUGAGACGAAACACUCUGUGAAUACGAUAAUGUAGAGUGCAAUACAAAGAGUAUUGGGAUAGGCUAAGUCGGUGACGAGAAAAAAGGACACAAUGAGAUAAUAAGUAAACACACAAGAAAAUGCUGUUUAUUUUUGUAUGAAUGAUACCUAAACUUAUAUAGUUCCAUCAUUAUUGUAUUAGUAGCUAGAAGGGGAAAAAAAAUUAACGAAAGGAAGAAUGCACAAUCACGCACGCACGCAAUACACUGCGCCAAACAGGACAUGUGCAGUGGCAAGCAGAUAAGGAUAUUACAAUAGUGGCAAACAAAUAGUCGACCUGCAUAGAAACUGUAACACGUGAUCGUGAAAACCUUAAACCAAUUUACGUAAAAUGUAACACACAUACAAAACAAGAUAAUGGUAAAUAGAGGAGCAAAGACGAAACUCGAAGCAGAAAUGCGCCAUCCGGUCGUAACUGUCGGCUAGAAUGAAGCGCUGUAUCAUUUAAUUGUACCAUGUUUUAUGUGAUUGUGUACAAUUGGCUUUCGCGCAAAGGCACAAGCUUCUCUUCACCCGUAAACUCGUAACCAAAAUAAUAACCCCGUAAAGAAAAUAUCGUUGGAUUGCAACACGUAAUUCGUUUAGUAACACGAACACAAACGUACCUAGUUCAAAUGCUUCAUUUUAUCCGUCGAUUUAAGGAUUCGGUUGUGUGUUGAAACGUUUCACGAUUGCACCGAUUGAUCGUAACAUUUGUUCGUUUUUUGUAAAACAAUAAUCUCAACAUGGAUUUAUCUGUGCCUACCGUACCGGCGGGAGUGCUGCACAUGUGCAUUGCCAGGUGUACAUAAAGGGAAGAAGCAUUAGAAAGACAUGUAAAACUAGAUUACAAACGUUUGAAAGAGCGCUAAAUUCGUUUCAUGGUGUUGAUUUCUUUUGCAUAAAGUUAAAACAGAGCGAAGCGAAUAUGUAAAUGAAAAGAAAAAACACACAGAAGUAGAAAGGAGAUAAAUCAAAUGAGAAUGCAAACUGAUGCAAACAGGAUACGAAUUAUAAACGUUCUUUUUAAACAGCAAAAUAAUAAUAAAAAAAAACAUGUCCUUAA